CCAGACCCCGAAUCGACACUCUCCGAGUUCGGUACUUAGUCUUAAUUAUUCGUUCAUUGUGGGCAGCUUUCACUAAAACGCAAUGAAAUUUCAAAUUUCGAGUGUGUUUUUGCUUCUAUCAUUCGCCGCAGGAGUUCAGGUGAACGGUUCUAAGAUUCUUGCGGUAUUUCCAAGCACAAGCAAGACAAACUACAUCCUUGGGCAGGUUUUAUUUGAGCAACUGGCAUCGAGGGGCCACGAGAUAACAGUGAUAAGCCCGUUCGAAAUCCAGUAUGACAGUGAAAACAUCAAGCAAAUCAAACUGACCGGAAUGUUUGCUCAUCUAGAAGAUUACGGAAUGAAUACAAACAUAUUCACCAAAUGGGACAAGUCGAGCUUCUAUGGGAACAAUAACUUGAUCUUCGGAACGGCUGCCAUGGCGGACUACGCAUUGGGUCAUCCGAAGGUUCAGGAGCUGCUCAGUUCGGACACUUCGUUUGAUCUGCUGUUAGUGGAUCAUGUGCUUUGUGACAGCUUAUUGGGUUUGGCCAAUCGCUACGACAUACCGGCAGUGGUGUUCAGCUCGACAACAACGAACAAGUUUACAAACGAGAUGGUGGCUAAUCCACACAACCCCGCCUAUAACGCAAUCAGUUCUUUGGGAUAUUCUGAUAAAAUGACUUUUGUUGAACGACUUUGGAACACUGUUGUUUCGAUUUCUGAACAGUUCAACUACAAAUAUCUAUAUUUACCAGCACAGGAAGCAGUUUAUCAGAGGCACUUUGGCAAGAAAAACCUACCCCCGUUAUUGGAUGUCAUCCACAAUGUCAGUGUCGUUCUGGUUAAUUCACAUCCCAUGAUCAACUAUCCGCGACCAGUUGUUCCCAGUAUGAUCGAGGUCGGUGGAUUUCACCUCAAGAAGUUUGACGAUAAUGGUCUGUCACAGGACGUCAUCAACUGGGUUGAAGCGGCCAAAGGUGGUGUUAUCUAUUUUAGCAUGGGUGGUAAUGCCAAGUCAAUCGAUUUGCCAGCCAAUGUAAGGAAGGCCUUCACCGGAGCUUUCGCGCAGCUAUCUGGAACGCUCAUUAUCUGGAAGUGGGAAAACGCUACAUUGGAGAAUCAGAGCUCCAACGUGAUCAUAGGACCAUGGAUGCCGCAGAAGGAAUUGUUAGCCCAUCCAAACGUGAGGUUGCACAUCACUCACGGAGGUUUGCUGGGAAUGAUGGAAUCGGUACAGUACGGGAAACCGAUUCUGGGACUGCCACUUGCUGGAGAGCAAGAAAUUUUAGUUAACAAAGCUGUUGCAGAAGGAUAUGGUCUCAAGUUGGACUAUCAGAACAUCACUCAGGAGGUUGUGCUUGAGUCCAUCAAACGAAUUUUGGAUAACUCCUCAUUCCGGGACAAUGCUCUCAAAACGUCCCGGCAAUUUCGGGAGCAGCCGCUGAACUCUAUGGACAAGGCCAUGUACUACAUAGAGUAUGCCAUGAAGAAUGAUGGCGGAGUUCAGACACUUCGCUCAGGGGCGCUAGAUUUGAACUUUUGGGAACGACACCUCGUUGACGUUGCUCUCUGUAUCGUUGCAAUUUGUCUGUUGCCUGUAGUCCUAAUUGCCAUUUUCAUCCAGAUAAUUCUUAGGAAAAGUCAUCAGAGAAAAUUGGUUACUAACAGGAGUGGAUCGGCAAAGAGAAAAGACGCAAUAAAGAAGAAGACUAACUAAUA